AUGUUAACACCAUUGAUAAGCAGAGCACAUCUGAUCUCUGUGUCUUGUUACUUCAUGUCCCAAUCACAAGCGGAGCUUUCUACGAGCUACCGUCAUAGCCGUAAGGAAUAUGGUGUCGACGAUUCUCCUACUACUUGCUUUAAAGAUGUUAACACCAUUCAGAAUAGCUUGGAAUUGGAGAUGAUGCUGCUCAUAGAGAAGAAGCUUAUGCUCUUUGUGGAGACGGAGAGGAGUGCGAUGCCUCGUGGCUUACACCACAAACAUAACAGUUUGAGAGAGAUCAAGAAGUUGGUCAUCCUUCUUAUGUUCAUGGUUCUAGAGGCGUUACAAUUUCAUUUACUAAAAUCAACAUGGUGUUGGCAUCAAGUGGUGUCUCUCCAUAAUGUCAUGCUCUGA